AUGGCAUCUCAGCAACCCCGGACACAGAUCAUAAUCACAUCAUUGUGUUUACUUUCCCUGAUCCUGGGCAGCGCAACAGUGGCAGAUGUCCCCGAGGAGGAAGGCUUCAGUGCUGAGGCAUGGCUUCGUAAGUUUGGCUACCUGUCUCAGGUGAGCAGACAGAUGUCCACCAUGCAGUCGGCUCAGUUUCUGUCCAAGGCCAUCAGCGACAUGCAGCGCUUCUAUGGGCUGGAGGUGACGGGAGAGAUGAACCCUGCCACUGUCGCGGCCAUGCGCCAACCUCGUUGUGGCCUCCCCGACAGAAAAGCAGACGAGAUGGGCGACGGUGCGAGGAAGAAACGCUACACACUCACUGGGCAGAAAUGGGACAAAGACCACAUCACUUACAGUAUAAUGAACCAGCUCAUCCCCUCCUCGCUGGGAGAGGAUCAGACGUACGUUGCUAUCCGCAAGGCCUUUGAUGUGUGGAGACGGGUCACCCCGCUCACCUUUGAGGAGCUGCCUCCUGACAAAAACAUCAACAGCAGCCAGACAGAGCUCGCUGACAUCCUGCUGUUGUUUGCCUCCGGUUUCCAUGGUGAUAUGUCCUUGUUUGAUGGUGAGGGGGGGUCGCUGGCACAUGCCUACUAUCCCGGACCAGGAAUUGGUGGGGAUACACACUUUGAUGCUGAUGAGCCCUGGACGCUUGACAAACAAAACCCACAAGGUAUAGACCUCUUCCUGGUUGCGGUCCAUGAGCUCGGACACGCUCUGGGUUUAGAGCACUCAGAUAAUCCCAGCGCCAUAAUGGCUCCUCUUUACCAGUGGAGUAACACACAAAACUUCACACUGCAUGAGGAUGACAUCAGAGGAAUACAGUACAUAUAUGGUCCCCCUCUCAUCACUGUUGCUCCAACCACUGCUCCUUCCACCCCUGACGACAAACCCAACAGUGACUCCUACACCUCCCCUUCUCCUCCCGAAGAUGAACCCACUUCCUCUUCCCCUACCAACCCCCCACCCAAAUUGCCCAACCCGACCGACGACGGCGCGCAUCCCCCAGCCCGUCCGGAGCUGACCCCCAGCCCUACCUCAACUCCUGUCCUCCCCACCUCCAGACCCACCAACUACCAGCCUGAGCCAGAGCCCGUCACCCCGCUGGUUAGAAAAGAUGUCCCCCCUCCUCCUCCUCCUCCUCCUCCUCCUCCUCCUCCUCCUUCUAGGCCCCCUGCUCCUCCACGGCCUCCCAAGCUGCCGGAUAACCAGGCCCCUGACAUCUGCGACGGGGACUUUGACACGGUGACCAUGCUGAGAGGGGAGAUGUUUGUCUUCAAGGGUCGUUGGUUCUGGCGGGUGCGGAGGAACCGUGUCUUGGAUAACUACCCCAUGCCCAUAUCUGUCUUCUGGAUCGGCCUGCCCAGUGACAUUGACGCUGCCUAUGAACGCCACGAUGGCAAAUUUGUCUUCUUUAAAGAUGAUAGAUACUGGGUGUUCAGGGAGGCUGAUGUGCUGCCAGGAUACCCGCAGCCCAUACAUGAGUAUGGACAAGGAGUUCCUGCACACAAGAUUGACACAGCAAUCUGGUGGGAGCCCAAUGGAUAUACAUAUUUCUUCUCAGGAGACAGGUACUGGCGAUACAAUGAGGAGACCCGGACUACAGACCGCGACUUCCCCAAGCCAAUCAGCAGAUGGGGCAGGAUUCCUCCCUCACCCAAAGGAGCCUUCCUCAGUGAUGACGGCGCUUACACCUAUUUCUACAAAGGCAGUAAUUACUGGAGGUUCGACAACCGCAAGGCAGAAGCAGACAAAGGCUACCCUCGCUCCAUCUUGAAGGAUUUCAUGGGCUGCAGAGGAGUCCCUGACCCUAAGCCCGACACUGACACUGAGCAGGAACCGAAAGACAGACCAGUGAACCCUUCGGACCGAGGCAAAGACACAAACCCAGAGGAAGACCAAAGCUCCAAAACUGACAGCGGUGAGGAGGAAGAGGACAAAGAGGUAAACGUGGUGGUGACGAUGGCUGACAAUGAGUCAAAGGUCAUGACCCUAAUCAUGGUGACUGUUCCUCUGAUACUCGUCCUGUGCAUCCUCAUCCUAAUCUACGCAAUCCUCAGGACUCUGCAGAACAAAGAGACGCCGAGGGCCUUGGUGCACUGCAAGCGCUCACUGCAGGACUGGGUGUGACGUGAAGAAUUAGCUAGAUUAGCUAGAUCGGGUAUUGAUCAUUUGUCUGGUGCACUCGCUGGCAUCAAAUUUUUCUUAUGGUGUGGUGGAAAGAAGCUUUGGCACAGUACUAAUGUCUAAGAAAGCCGAGGAUGAGUCACCUUUUUGAGCCCCAUUCAUUGUGAGAACUUUUAUCGAUCAUGUGAUAUAACCUUUAAGUGGUAAAGUUGGUGACUGUGGAGCUACAGUGUACAUUUCACUCCACUGGCCUUGAAGUUUUUCUCCUGUGCCUCCUUUUGUGCCUUUCAAACGUCUGAAAACGUACCUCUAUUUCUUAAAAAUCAUGUGCAUCUCCAUCACAACUUAAAAACAUUACGUGUCACCAAAUGGCUUCUGUAAAAGACACAAGACACUCGAGGGAUCUCCGAUUUCUAUUUUACCUUUUAAUUGUACAAUGGAAAGACAGGUGGUGUAUUUGUAGUAUAAAUCAAGACAAAGUUGAUAAUGCACAUACAUUAACCAGAAGCACACAUGCUGUACAUACACACAAACAUGAGUGCCUACAGCUAUUAAAACAAAUACAAAUACAUGCAUUAACACGAAUAAGUCUUUCAUACGUUUGACUAGGAUGCCUCAACCAAUUUUGACAUUUUCUCUCUGUUUAGAACAGACAAUUUGCACUUUUGAUUCUGUUUGUUGUUGUUUUUGUUUUGCUGAGGUUGCUUCAGUGCAGCUGUGUGUGUGUGUUCGUGCAAAGCAGAACUCUCCGCACUUGUUAAACACACAGACGCUAGCAAGAGAAGCUCCGACCGGCGCAGGAAUGUCAGACAGCUGUGUGUGUCCAUGACUGCCCAUCUCCCACUGAGCCCAUUAUGUCUGCCCUGUCACACACACACAGGCACACACGCCGACACACACACACACCAACAUCACAUGAUCUCAUAAAAACAAAAAAAAACCCUAACUGCACUCAUUUGUACAUGCAUGUCCACAUAUGCAGGCACAAACACAUAGAGAGACCACUUCCCCAGACAAAGGCACAUAGAGUUUUUGCAUACAGACAUACGGGGUCCAGACCCCCCUCCUCCCACCACAGCCACAAUAACUGUUCAGAGUGCACCACAAAAAACACAAUCCCAGCGGACACAUAUUGAUAUACCACUGGUGCCAGGGCUGGAAAGAAAUACAAGAGGGGGAGAUUUAAUCACUUUUGAUGAGUAAAAUUGAAAAGUGUUGUGGUUUAUACAAAUUCUGAACAUCUCAACUCAACCUGUGAAGAGUAAAAACAUAGCAGCAGUAUCUGUCUUUCGGUAUCUCCUCUUCUUUUUUCAUGCUAAAGCUAAAUAGAAUCAAAGAUAAUUAAGUGUACGAGGGAGAAGCCUGCAGGCUAGAAAAGAAUGGGUCAGGGUCUGGUUUCCAUUAAACCCACAUGUUGCUGAUUUAGUAGUGUCAGGCAUGAGAGGAGGGAGAGAGGGGAGUUGGGAAAAAUGCAAAAAGAAGGAGGGAUAAAAAAUGGUGGUGGGGAGUUAAGAGAAAAAGGCAAAUGAGAGAGGAGAUGAGGAGGGAAAGAAAAAACUGGGGGAGGCAGAGAUUAAGGAGGGGAGAAGGAGGGUGCUGCCAGUAUUUCCUUUUGCGAGGGAAGGAGGGAGGUGGGAAGGAUUUCGGGGAGGGGCAGCGCUGGCGUUGCGCCUCCUGACCUAGAUUGGGCCACUAAGUCCAUUCCUUCUUUUCAACUUGUCUUGUUUUUGCUCUGCUUGUUGUCAUGAGCUUGAGAUGACUUCCUCUGCGACCCCUCCUCCCUCCCUCCACUAACCUUUUCUGUUUCCUCUAUUAAUUUUGUUUCUCCAUUCUUUGUCUGUCCUUUUUGUUUAAUUCCUAUAACCCACCCCACUUCUUUGCUCCCAAAUGUAUUCAUUUUCGUCUCCACUCUUGUGGAAAGUCAGCUCAAGCAUUUAAAAGAUGUGAUCCUCUCUUAAUGUGUGAUUUUCCACUGGGCCUCUCUAUCUGUCUGUCUCUCUUUACCCUGCUUGUCGCUGUGUAAUGCCACUAUUCAGAUGCUACAUUAUUAGCCUUUGCUUUACAUUUGUUCCUUUACAUUGUGUGUAUUUUGUUUUGGCUUACAUGUUUCCUUGUGCCUUUUUUCUGUGAAUAUUGGGGGGGCAUUUUUUUUUUUACUAUAAAUAGCAUGAGGGACAGUUUUUAAAAAUGUGUUUCUCCUUUUUUAACUCUACUUAUCAUUUGUAGUUUUGUACAUUUUAUUUCUCUUCAGGUUUUCUGUAAUAACAGCAGUAGAUUAUUGCAAUGAUGUUGAUGCAUGCAGGGCAUGUUGUGUUAGGCCUGUGCACUCCUUUGUAGAGUACGUUAAAGAUUUCACAAUAAAACU